CAUUACGGUACAAGGGUUGGCCCUCAUCUGGUCCACCUGCCACUGGGGUUUAAAGUUUCAGCCCAUCGGGAAGUACAAUGACUUGGAUCAAACUGCCUGGAGGGAAAGCCUGAGUCUAUCCGGGAAGUGGAUAAACAGUAGCUAUACUGGGAGAACACGGAGAGACCUCUCCGUAGGUCCGCACAUGACAGGCCGUAAGCUGCUCAGCGUGUCUCCUAGAAGCCCAGGACACUAAGGGAGAAGCAGACACAUGACUACACGGGGGGAGAAAAAACAGCCAGCCUAGGACUCUGCGGCAUCUGGUCUUGACUCCUUCCAGAAGGACCGAUCCUGUGCAAUGGACAGCCCGGCGCAAUUCACCAGCUAACGCAAGGAGCGAAGGGGGGCAGCCUCUCUGCUGGGCAAAUCGGUUUUUUUGCUUCCGAAACAAUUUCUUGCUUUGCGGCUGGUGCCAGCGGGCGCGUCCGGGGAAAAGGGGAGGGAGGGAGAGAGACAGGAGCGCUUUGCAAAUCAAACAAUGCUGCUGGCCACCAGCUACUCCUCAUGUCUCCUGCGGCGGGUCACCUGCCUGGCGUGUCCGCCCCUCUCGGCGCCGCAGCGGUGGAGCAGAGAGACGCGGCUGGCAUGGAGAGCUUGCUGAGCCCGGGCCCCUGCGGCUAGUGCUGGCUCGCCCGCUGCGCCUCGGCCCGGAAAGCCUCGCUGCGCACCAGCCAUGGACGAGGGGCCCCUGCCGGACCUGCGAGACAUCGAGCUGAAGCUGGGGCGCAAAGUGCCCGAGAGCCUGGCGCGCUCCCUGCGCGGGGAGGAGCCCGCUGCCCGGGACCGGAGCGGCGGAGGGGGCAGCGGCUUCUGCCCGGCUUCAGCCCCGGGGGGCUCCCGGCUCAGCAGCAGCAGCAGCAGCGCCAGUGCCCUGGCCAGACUGGAGACCAAACUUCACCUCCUCAAGCAGGAGAUGGUUAAUCUCCGAGCCACUGAUGUCAGGCUCAUGCGCCAGCUGCUCAUCAUCAACGAAAGCAUCGAAUCAAUCAAGUGGGUGAUUGAAGAGAAGGGAGCCAUCAUCAGCAGAGGUAGUAGUUUGAGUGGCAGCCUUUGCAGCUUGCUGGAAAGUCAGGAGACCUCCCUGCAAGGCAGCUAUAACAGUUUACAAGACUGUAAUGAUGGACUGGAUGGAAUAUCAGUGGGGAGUUACCUGGACACUUUGGUGGAUGACGUCCCAGGUCACCACACACCUUCAGAUAUGGAACAGUUCACUGAUACUUCUAUUCUAGAGGACUCACAGACCCUGCACAAGCAUCCCAAAAUUGAGUCUGAUGAAUACUACUGUUUUGGUUAAUAAAAAGAAGUUCCAGAGGGACAUGAGUGCACUUGUAUUUAUCUUCCUUCUUUGCUGCUAUUUUAUUUUGUGUGCAAAAAAAGAAAAAAUCCCUUUUUAAAGGAAAAUUUACUUUGAAUCCACUUUAGAAUUUUGCUGUUACUUCUAACUUUUCUCAUUAUGGGUGGUUUGUUUGCUUUUUUUCCUUUUCUUUAUCUUAAUUUAUUGCUGUGGUUUUGGGUUUUGUUUUAUAAUCCCAUAUUUACAACUUUAAAAAAGAUGAAGGAAAUAAGCUUUUAUAUUCAAAACAAGACAUCAGGGAUUGAAAGUACUGGUUCAUAUUUGUUUGACAAUAAAACACCUACUGAUACCUGUA